AAGUUUCUUGUGCCCCCGGAGGCCGGCGGGACAGAUCGCAGAGAGCCGCCGCCCGGCCGGGCGUGGAUGAAGGUGGCCGACCCGCGCGGCGCCGGGAGUGAGCGGCGGAGCGGCAGGACCGCGGGGGGCUCGCCAUGGAGGAGGAGGGCGUGAAGGAGGGGGGCGAGAGGCCUCGGGGAGCACGGACGGCGGACAAGGCUGGCUGGAUCAAGAAGAGCAGUGGGGGCCUUCUGGGUUUCUGGAAAGACCGAUAUCUGCUCCUCUGCCAGGCCCAGCUGCUGGUCUAUGAGAACGAGGACGAGCAGAACUGUGUAGAGACGGUGGAGCUGGGCAGCUAUGAGAAGUGCCAGGACCUUCGUGCCCUCCUCAAGCGGAAACACCGCUUUAUCCUGCUUCGAUCCCCGGGGAACAAGGUGAGCGACAUCAAAUUCCAGGCACCCAGCGGGGAGGAGAAGGAUUCCUGGAUCAAAGCCCUCAAUGAAGGGAUCAACCGCGGCAAGAACAAGGCUUUCGAUGAGGUAAAGGUGGACAAGAGCUGUGCCCUGGAGCAUGUGACACGGGACCGAGUGCGGGGGGGCCAGCGGCGCCGGCCACCAACGAGAAUCCACCUGAAGGAGGUAGCCAGCGCAGCUUCUGAUGGGCUUCUGCGCCUGGACCUUGAUGUUCCGGACAGUGGGCCACCAGUGUUUGCCCCCAGCAAUGACGACAGCUCAGACCAGCCCCGGGAGGCCCCCCGGCCCCCCAUGCCUCCGACCAAGCCGUCCCCAGCACCCGAGACGACCAGCCUUAGUGACACGGUGGAGACCCCUGCGGGGGAGAGAGCCCCAGCUCCUGUCUCGGCUAGCUCUGAAGUCCACCCUGAGAGCCCAGAGGACUCAGAGACCCCAGCAGGGGAGGACAGUGGCUCUGAGCAGCCCCCCAACAGCAUCCUGGCUGACAAACUGAAGGUGAGCUGGGAGAACCCCAGCCCCCAGGAGGCCCCUGCUCCGGAGAGCGCAGAACCCUCCCAGGCACCCUGCUCUGAGACUUCAGAGGCCGCACCCAGGGAGGGUGGGAAGCCUCCUACGCCCCCACCUAAGAUCUUAUCUGAGAAACUGAAAGCUUGCAUGAAGGCUUCUGGGCCGGCCCAGAGUCCUGGGCCCCCUGAGACCUCUGCCCCAGACCCGGUGCAGGUCUCAGUGAAUGGCGUGGAUGACAGUCCUGAGCCUUCCAAGCCAUCCCAGGCCACAGGCAUGCCAGGAACUCCCCCAAAGGAUGCAACAACAUCCACAGCGCUGCCCCCUUCGGACCUGCCGGCUCGGUUCCAUCCUCGCUGCUCCUCUUUGGGCGACCUGCUUGGGGAAGGCCCCCAGCGUCCACGGAAGCCUGUGGAACGGCUGUAUCGGGCCCAGCUGGAGGUGAAGGUGGCCUCAGAACAGACGGAGAAACUGUUGAACAAGGUGCUGGGCAGUGAGCCGGCCCCUGUGAAUGCCGAGACAUUGCUCAGCCAGGCCGUGGAGCAACUGAGGCAGGCCACCCAGGUCUUGCAGGAAAUGAGAGAUCUGGGAGAGCUGAGCCAGGAAGCGCCUGGGCUCAGGGAGAAGCGGAAGGAGCUGGUGACCCUGUACAGGAGAAGUGCACCCUAGGGCCCACUGGGCCAGAGGCACGGUCCCUCCUGGCCACCUCCGUCCAUCAAAGCCCAGCCCUGCUGAGAAAUGUGCUUCUGCUCAGGCUAUAGAAGAGCUGCUGGGUAUGUCAGGGUUUGGCCAGGACCGGAAGAAACUCCUGGCAUCCUUCCUGCCCUGCUGUGGCCAGUGUCUCCAGGUGACACCAGGGCCACUGUCUGGCUGUCUGGCCUGUCCUCCGGGCUCUGGGCCUGGGCUGGGAGCACACACACUGGGACCUAUGUCUUGUGUGGUUGUUCCAAACUGCCCCAGGGCUUUGGCACAGCAGUUGGGGUUUCUGGGGGUGGCAUCAUCUCUGCUCCCCACCCCUCGUAGUUUACAUUCCUGACUUCUGAAUAGAGCACAGCUGAGCCCCCUGCAGCCCCCAUCUCCAGGUAUUCCCAGGCAAAGAGCUUCAUGGCAAGGCAGCCUCUCAGCCUGCCCCUCCGCCCAUCCCGAGUAGCUGCGGAGGUCUGCUAUAGGUUCGCCCCUCAGUUGGAGAAGACCCUGGACCCCUUUGGGGCCUCCUAAGGCAGAUGAGAGGCACCUGUGUGAGGAUGCCAUCUGCUGUGUGGCCCCUCUCUGGGCCUGUUUCAUUUUCUGCAAAACAAAGGCAUUUUCUGCCACUCCCCCCCCCUCUGGCCAGCCGUGAGGGAGGGCUUAAUCUGGAGGAGUCCAGGGUGGAAGAGAAACUCAAAAGGUCUCCCAGGCUAGUGUCUGCCUGCCCCCAGAUCAGCUCGUGUCCACCCUUGCAUGUUCCCGAAGAGGUGAGCCCUAGAGUGGCCCCAUUUCAACACCAGAAAAACCUCUAGGUAAUUAUCAUAAAUCUGCCUUCAGAAGAGAAUCCCCCAACUCCUGUGCAGCCCUCAGCUGGGGAUUUGUCAGGGCCUCUGCGGUUCCUCCUCAGCCCCAGCAGGUCCA